GUACCAUGUUAGUAUAUAUACUUGAAAAACGAUUUUUGAAUCAUCCAGUCCAGGCUUGUGCUCCGCAUAUUCCAUCUAAAAUGAAACUCCUGGGUUAUUCAGCGUUCUGCGCACUCUUAUUGUUGGCGAACGCUGAAGACAAGUCAUCGGCCACAGACACGAAAUCAGCAGAGUCUCAAACCAAGGAAAAACGCGGUUUGUCUCUGGGAUACGGUGGCGGUGGACACGACUUCGGUGGCGGCGGAGAUUUCGGAGGUGGCGACUACGGGGGACAUGAUUUUGGAGGUUCAUUUUUUCUAGGUGGUUACGACCAAGGAGGACACCAUGAACACCAUGAGAAAACAGUCACGGUGGUCAAGAAAGUAGCAGUACCUUACCCUGUUACCAAGGAAGUACCAUAUCCUGUAGAAAAAACAGUCCAUGUCCCCGUUAAGGUUCACGUUCCACAGCCAUACCCAGUUGAGAAAAAGGUACCCUAUCCUGUGAAAGUUCCAGUGAAAGUGACAGUACCAAUACACAAGCCUGUUCCUGUGGAGAGAACCGUACCCUAUCCAGUGAAAGUCCAUGUCGACAGACCCUACCCAGUCAAGGUUUUAGUACCACAACCCUACCCAGUCGAAAAGCACGUAGCAGUACCAUACAAAGUCAUAGUUCCUCAACCCUAUCCAGUAGAAAAGGAAGUUCCAUAUCCAGUGAAGGUGCCAGUACAUAUUCCCAAGCCCUACCCAGUAGAAAAGAUCGUACCAUAUCCAGUGAAAGUACAUAUUGACAGGCCUUACCCAGUACAUGUACCCAAGCCAGUACCCGUUCCAGUAGAAAAGAAGAUUCCAUACCCAGUUUUCAAGCCCGUCCCAGUCCCAGUGAAAGUACCAGUAGAAAGGCCCAUUCCAUAUCCAGUUGAGAAACCCCAACCUUACCCUGUUAAAGUACCAGUUCCAGCACCUUACCCAGUAGAAAAGAACAUUCCUUAUCCUGUUGAAAAACCAGUACCAUACCCAGUCAAAAUCCCCAUCUUCAACCCAGUACCAUAUACCGUUAUAAAGAAAGUACCACACAUUGUUGAAAAACCAGUUCCAGUACCAGUAAAGGUUGCCAUUCCAGUUCCAGUUAAAGAACACCAUCACGAAGAAAGCAGUGGGGGACACGAUUUUGGAGGUCAAGAUUACGGUGGACAGGAUUUUGGAGGACAUGACAUUGGAGGUGGACAAGAUUUGGGAGGACAUGAUUUGGGAGGACACGAUUUUGGAGGUGGAGAUAUCGGAGGGGGAGACCACGGAGAUCUAGGAGGUCACGGUUACCAUUAGUGAUAUAGUCUAUUAGUUAUAAUUUUAUUUUGUACUGUUUCUGUCAGUAUUACUGUACGCUUCUUGUGAUUUUUGUUAUAAAUUGUAUAUAAAGUUAUAUUUAUGAAACAAUAA